UUACCCAAAAGAACGCGGAAUAAUGUCCUAAAGCGCUAUGUGGCAAGGAGAUUUCCCGCCAAAAGUCCAAAAUCGGCGCGAGAUUCCGAGUCCUUCCGCGGGCAGUCAGAGCCGCAGAAUUAAACUAAAGCUCCAAAAACACUCAAAUUCACCGAUUCUUCAGUUUCACCAUGCCAUUAGCAGAGUCCCAGGGUAAUGGUGAAGCAGAUGUGGUUAACCUGAAAGCAGAAAAGGCACAUGUAAAUGAAGCUCAGAAUGGCACUACUAAUGGUUGUGAAAAUGGAAAUGGGCAUGCUGUGAGGCAUGAUGAGUGCCAGUACUUAGACCUGAUCAGACAGAUAAUGAGGACAGGCAACAGGAAGGGAGAUAGGACUGGCACUGGCACUAUUUCCAUGUUCGGUGCCCAGAUGAGAUAUUCACUUCGAAAUGAUGUUUUCCCUCUUCUAACUACCAAGCGUGUGUUCUGGCGAGGGGUGGCUGAAGAGCUGCUAUGGUUUGUGAGAGGUUCCACUAAUGCUAAAGAACUACAGGAGAAGGAUAUUCACAUUUGGGAUGGAAAUUCCUCCAAGGAAUUUUUAAACAAAAUGGGAUUCCAUGAUAGAGAGGAAGGGGAUCUGGGUCCAGUAUAUGGGUUCCAGUGGCGUCACUUUGGAGCUUCAUAUACAGACAUGCACGCAGACUAUACUGGUCAAGGUGUGGAUCAGCUUCAGCAGGUAAUAGAUACCAUCAAAAAUAACCCAGAUGAUCGCCGUAUCAUCAUGUGUGCAUGGAACCCAGUAGAUGUGCCCAAGAUGGCCCUUCCGCCAUGUCACUGCUUGUGCCAAUUCUAUGUAGCAAAUGGGGAACUUUCUUGUCAGCUAUAUCAGCGUUCUGCUGAUAUGGGUCUAGGUGUUCCCUUCAAUAUUGCCAGCUAUGCACUUCUCACAUACAUGAUUGCUCAUGUUACUGACCUGAAGCCUGGUGACUUUGUACACACACUGGGAGAUGCUCAUGUUUACUCUAACCACUGUGAAGCUCUGGAGGAACAACUCAAGAGGGAGCCUCGACCAUUCCCCUCCCUAAAGAUCAAGAGGAAAGUUGAGAACAUCAGUGAUUUCAAGUUUGAGGACUUUGAGCUUGAGGGUUAUAAACCCCAUCCAAAGAUCAAAAUGGAGAUGGCUGUGUGAUACUAUAAUAAAAGCUCAUUGGUCAGUUCUCAAAUUGACUUAAGACAAUUAGGGUUUAAUAACAAACACAAAUUUAUAUAUGUUCAUGUAUUUCAGGUGUAGGCAUUUUACCCCAAUGGUAUGCCAUGUUUACUAUGAAUUUACUUUAUUGAACUUGAUUACACAUAAACUGUUCUAUAAGUGCAUAGUUGCCAAGGAAUAAAUUACUAGGGCUACCUGAUCUCACAUGUCUUAUCAAAAUUUAAAGAAACAGGGUAAACAAAUUAGGGCUGUUCAAGUGUUUAAUGAGGAUAAUAUCAACAAUGCUAACCUUAAUUACGAUGGUAAUAGCCAAAUAAAAAAAUAUCUCAAAAAUGUGAGUGGAUAGUGCAUAUACCCAUUAUCAAUAGGUACUGUAGACCCUUAGGCAUUCCUAUUCUUUGUCCACAUAUUGGGCUGCUCAGGACAGAAUACAUCUGGUAGGUGAUAAUCUAAUAUUGUAACCAAAGAUACAAAGAGGUGUCAGCAUUAAAAAUAUCAUGAAAAUUUUGUUUUAUGUUUAUAUAAAUAUGUUGAUUCUAGGCUAUUGAGAUAUUCAGAAUUUUAAUGUAUAAUUCUUUAUGAUUAUAACUACUACUUUGCUAUCCAGGUGUGAUAAAUAAUGUUUGAAGUUUUAUU